UGAGCUCUCUCUCCCUCUCCCACUCGCCUUAUUUUCCUUUUCGCCACUGCGGGGACUUUUUCUAAUUUGCAGCUUCCCUUUCCCCGACACACACAGAGAGGAGCUGGUGGCUUGCAGACUGCGUCUGUCUGGAGCUAGAGAGCUAGAGCCAGCCCGUAGAGAUAACGCUCCGGGGGAAGGAUUCUGCAGCAAUCCUCAAAGGCUAGACUUGGGUGGUAUCACUGCGUAUGCACUGAUUCUUCAGCUUGUUGUCUCUAACCGAAGAAACAUUGAUUGGGAACUGCUCAUUCAGAAAAUUAAAAGAAAGAAGCCACAACAUAUUAUUAACCCUUUGAGAAUACAACAUAACGAAUUUUGCCAUUUUACUGCUUCCUUGAAUAGAAGAGGUCACAGGGCGUGGAAGAAUGGCAGAUGAUCGGAAAGAUGAAGGAAAGGCGCCUCACUGGACCUCAGCUCAACUAACAGAGGCAUCUGCACACCCACAUCCACCUGAGAUUAAGGAUCAAGGCGGGGCAGGGGAAGGACUUGUCAGAAGCGCCAAUGGAUUCCCAUACAGGGAGGAUGAAGAGGGCGCCUUUGGAGAACAUGGGUCACAGAGCACCUAUUCAGAUACCAAAGAGAAUGGAAUCAACGGAGAGCUGACCUCAGCUGACAGAGAAACAGCAGAGGAAGUGUCUGCAAGGAUAGUUCAAGUAGUCACGGCUGAGGCUGUAGCGGUCCUGAAAGGUGAACAAGAGAAAGAAGCUCAACAGAAAGAUCAGCCUGCAGCUCUGCCUUUAGCAGCUGAAGAAACAGCUAAUCUGCCUCCUUCUCCACCUCCAUCACCAGCCUCAGAACAGACCAUCGCAGUGGAAGAAGGUUUACUUCCAGCCUUGAAGAUGGAGUUCCAUGAUCAACAGGACUUGACUCCCUCUCCAGCUGAGCCAUUAGACAAGAAGGACAAGGAGUCAGAGAAACAAAGCAAGCCUGGUGAAGACCUUAAACAUGCUGCCUUAGUUUCUCAGCCUGAGACAACUAAAAUUUCCCCUGACAAAAAGGACAUGCAAGGCCCAGAGGAAGAAAAAGCACCUCCCACUCUGUUUGGGCAUACUCUUGGUGCCGGGCUAGAAGACACGAAACAGAAGAUAGAACCAAGCCCCAUGGUGCCUGGUAUUGGCCUCUCUGCAGAGCCCCCAGCUCCAAAAGAGCAAAAGGACUGGUUCAUCGAAAUGCCAACAGAAGCCAAAAAGGUUGAGUGGGGUUUAGCUGCUCCCAUCUCGCCUGGCCCUCUAACCCCCAUGAAGGGAAAAGAUGUCCUUGAGGAUAUCCCCAAAUGGGAGGGGAAACAGUUUGAUUCUCCCAUGCCCAGUCCCUUUCAGGCUGGCAGCUUCACUCUUCCUUUAGAUGUCAUGAAGAAUGAAAUAGUUGUAGAAGCAUCACCCUUUGCCCCUGCCCUAUUACAACCAGAUGACAAAAAAUCUCUGGAAGAAACCAGUGGCCCAGCAACUGCCAAAGAUAGUUUUAAAGCUGAAGAGCCCCAUGAGGAUAAACCUGACAAAAUGGCAGAAGCACCAGCCCCAGAGGCAUUCACCUUACCCAAAGAUGCCCACAUUCCGACCGUGGAAGAAUGUGUCCCAGAGAAAGUUUUGGGAGAGGAGAAAGGGGCAAUAAAGCAAGAGAGUGCACAGAAAAAAGAGCAGGAAGUGACACUUACUGAAAAGCAAUCUCCACUAAAGCUUGAAGAAAAGACAACCAUUUCUGACAAAGAAGCCAUGCCAAAAGAGAGUGAGCCCCCGAAACUGACAGAUGGAGAAACAGGCAUAAUUCAGCCCUGCAUGGAGCACACCCUCUCAAAAGAAGAGCAGAAAGUCCAAGAGCCUACCACAGAGCCAUUAAAACAGGACUCAUUCCCUGUCAGUGUGGAACAAGCAGUGACAGACUCAGCUGUGACCUCUAAGACACUGGAGAAAGUCAUGACCGAACCAGUGGCAGUAAGUGAAAAGAGUGCAGUCCAGGACCUUUUUGAAGAAAAAGUUGCAGACAAAGAUAUUAAGAUGGAAGGGGUUGGGCCUGCAACAUCAGCGGAGCUUGACAUGCCGUUUUACGAAGAUAAGUCAGGAAUGUCCAAGUAUUUUGAAACAUCCGCCUUGAAAGAAGAAGUGACAAAAAGCAUCCAGCCAGGCAGUGAUUACUAUGAACUCAGUGACACCAGAGAAAGUGUCCAAGAGUCUUUUGAUACCCUAUCUCCCGUGUGUAAAAAUGGAGACAAGGGACUUGAGGCGGGUAAAGAACCCCAGCCCAGUGCUCCAGCACAAGAAACAGGGUACAGCACUCUUGCACAGAGUUAUCCGUCUGAUUUACCUGAAGAACCUAGUUCUCCUCAAGAAAGAAUGUUUACUAUUGACCCAAAAGUGUAUGGGGAGAAGCGGGAUCUCCACAGUAAGAAUAAGGAUGACUUGACGCUAAGCAGGAGUUUAGGACUUGGUGGGAGGUCUGCAAUAGAACAGCGAAGCAUGUCAAUCAAUUUGCCCAUGUCUUGCCUGGAUUCCAUAGCCCUUGGAUUUAACUUUGGUCGGGGACAUGAUCUCUCUCCUCUGGCUUCUGAUAUUCUAACCAACACUAGUGGGAGUAUGGAUGAAGGGGAUGAUUACCUUCCAGCCACAACACCUGCACUGGAGAAAGCCCCCUCUUUCCCACUAGAAAGCAAAGAGGAAGACCAGACAGAGGGAGGAAAAGCUGCCGGAGAGGAAAGUACUCAAGUCGAGACCUCGUGUGAGUCACCUUUCUUAGCCAAAGAUUACUACAAAAAUGGUACUGUCAUGGCCCCUGACCUGCCGGAAAUGCUAGAUCUGGCAGGCACAAGGUCAAGAUUAGCUUCCGUGGGUGCAGAUGCUGAGGUUGCCAGGAGGAAGUCAGUCCCAUCAGAGACUGUGGUCGAGGAGAGUAGUACCGGCUUGCCCUCUGUCACCGAUGAAAACCACGUCAUUGUUAAAACAGACAGUCAGCUUGAGGACCUGGGUUACUGUGUGUUCAAUAAAUACACAGUCCCACUCCCAUCACCCGUUCAAGACAGUGAGAAUUUGUCAGGGGAGAGUGGUUCCUUUUAUGAAGGCACAGAAGAUAAAAUGCGAAGAGAUCUAGCCACAGACCUGUCCUUGAUUGAAGUAAAAUUGGCAGCUGCCGGAAGAGUCAAAGAUGAGUUCGGUGCUGAGAAAGAAGUACCCCCACAUAUCUCUGGUGACAAAUCGGGACUGGGUAGGGAGUUUGAUCAGGAGAGGAAAGCUAAUGAUAAGCUGGAUACUGUUCUGGAAAAGAGUGAAGAACAUGUUGAUGCAAAAGAACACGCCAAGGCAACAGAAGAGGCCAGUGAUGAAGUUGAAACAUUUGGCUUAGGAGUAACUUACGAGCACAUUCCCACCAAAGAACUGACCGUUUCAAAAGACACAUCACCUCCCAUGGCCGAGAAAGCUGAGAAAGGUCUUAGUUCAGUGCCAGAAGUAGCUGAGGUCGAACCAUCCAAAAAAGCUGAACCAGAACUGGAUUUUGUUGCAAUGAGAGCUGACCAGGGUCAACUAGAUGUGAAAAUCAGUGACUUUGGACAGAUGGCCGCAGGGCUGGCGGUAGACGCUGGAAAGGCAACAGAGCUUAAGCUCGAGGCUACUCAAGAUCUCCCCCCCUCAUCUGGAGCACCUCAGGAGGAAGACGCGUUUAUGAGUGUUGAGGCUGGCCACAUGAAAGAAGGCACUAAAGUCAGUGAGACGGAAAUCAAGGAGAAGGUGGCCAAGCCUGAUUUGGUGCACCAGGAGGCUGUAGACAAGGAAGAGUCCUACGAGUCCAGUGGUGAGCAUGAGAGCCUCACCAUGGAGUCCUUGAAAGCCGAUGAGGGCAAGAAGGAAACAUCCCCAGAAUCCUCUCUAAUUCAAGAUGAGAUUGCCAUCAAAUUGUCAGUGGAAAUACCUUGUGCACCUGCUGUCUUGGAGGCUGAUUUAGUCCCAGAUGAGAGACCUGAUGUCCAGAUGGAAUUUAUUCAGCAGCCGAAAGAAGAAAGCAAAGAAACUCCAGAUAUCUCUGUCACGCCCUCCGACGUCGCAGAGCCAUUGCCUGAAGCCACCAGGGCUGAACCGGCAGAGGCUCAGAGUGAGGAAGAAGAGAUAGAAGCCCGGGGAGAAUAUGAUAAACUGCUCUUCCGCUCCGACACCCUUCAGAUUACCGACCUGGGCGUCCCAGGUGUCAGGGAGGAAUUUGUGGAGACCUGCCCUGGUGAGCACAAAGGAGUGAUCGAGUCUGUUGUGACCAUCGAGGAUGACUUUAUCACUGUGGUGCAAACCACAAUGGAUGAAGGGGAGUCAGGUUCCCACAGCGUGCGUUUUGCAGCCCUGGAGCAGCCUGAGGUGGAGAGGAGAUCGUCCCCCCACGCUGAAGAAGAGCUCGAAGUAGAAGAGGCAGCCGAAGCCCAGGCGGAACCCAAGGAUGGCUCCCCGGAGGCUCCCGCUUCCCCUGAGAGAGAAGAGGUUGCACUCUCAGAAUAUAAGACGGAAACCUAUGACGAUUACAAAGACGAGACCACCAUUGAUGACUCCAUCAUGGAUGCUGACAGCCUCUGGGUGGACACUCAAGAUGAUGAUAGGAGCAUCAUGACAGAACAGUUAGAAACUAUUCCUAAAGAGGAGAAAGCUGAAAAGGAAGCUCGGAGACCAUCUCUUGAGAAACAUAGAAAAGAAAAGCCUUUUAAAACCGGGAGAGGCAGAAUUUCCACUCCUGAAAGAAAAAUAGCUAAAAAGGAACCUAGCACAGUCUCCAGAGAUGAAGUGAGAAGGAAAAAAGCAGUUUAUAAGAAGGCUGAACUUGCUAAAAAAACAGAAGUUCAGGCCCACUCUCCCUCCAGGAAAUUCAUUUUAAAACCUGCUAUCAAAUAUACUAGACCAACUCAUCUCUCCUGUGUUAAGCGGAAAACCACAGCAACAGGUGGUGAAUCAACUCAGGCUUCCAGUGUAUUUAAACAGGCAAAGGACAAAGUCUCUGUGAUGUAUUUUAUAUGGUUCAUACAGGUACAGAUUGUUACCAAGAAGAUAGACCUAAGCCAUGUGACAUCCAAAUGUGGCUCUCUGAAGAACAUCCGCCACAGGCCAGGCGGUGGCCGUGUGAAAAUUGAGAGUGUAAAACUGGAUUUCAAAGAAAAGGCCCAAGCUAAAGUCGGCUCACUUGACAAUGCUCACCACGUACCUGGAGGUGGUAAUGUCAAGAUCGACAGCCAGAAGUUGAACUUCAGAGAGCAUGCAAAGGCCCGUGUGGACCACGGAGCUGAGAUCAUUACGCAAUCCCCAGGCAGAUCCAGCGUGGCGUCCCCCCGACGACUCAGCAAUGUCUCCUCUUCUGGAAGCAUCAACCUGCUCGAAUCCCCUCAGCUUGCCACUUUGGCCGAGGAUGUCACUGCUGCACUCGCUAAGCAGGGCUUGUGAAUAUUUCUCAUUUAGCAUUGAAGUAAUAAUAUUUAGGCAUGAGCUCUUGGCAGGAGUGGGCUCUGAGCAGGUGUUAUAGUCAUUCUUUACAAACCGUAAAAUAAAUAAUCUCAUUCCCAAACUGUAGUAAUUGUUACAAUUUUAUAAAAAACAAUGAAUAGUAUAUGCAGAAAUUGACUUGGUUUCCAUUCGCAGCAGGAAGACACUGGCUUUACAUGAGUACAAUUGGACAAUUAUUUUUGCUCUGCUCUGUUUUGCAUGGAGUAUUAUUAUUUCAAAUAUUGCAUUUUUACCUUUCAUGUGCCUGAAGGCUAUCCAUACAUUCUGAAAGGCCUUGUUGAAAUCCAAGCUGCUCAUUCCACUCUUCUGUUGCUGGGUGAAAAGAUAAAAGCUGCCCAUUUUAACUUAUUACAGGUUAAAUUAAAUCAAGGAGUCUGAUUGCAGGAAGGAAAGAGCAUGUAAGAAAUAAGGUUUUUUUUUUUAAGUGUUAUUUUGUAUAAAUGGGAAGAAAGAUUCAGUUAAGUUAUUAACAUUUGGGACCUGGAUAAUUAUAUCAGAGUAUAAGUCAAUCCAAUAAAUUAUUUAACUAAUUAAAAAUAGUUACGAAGCAUUUGAGCUGUGGUUGAGGAAGCGAUAUAAAAGUGCAUCUCUUAGGAAUGAAGCACUUUCAUUAGGAUGGACUCGUGUCUGAUUAGAAUGUCAGUUGAUCAGCUAGAUUUGUGUCCACACUACCAGUUUCACACUCCCUUUCCAUCUGUUUGAUACAGUGUUAUAGAUAUAAAUAUAUAUAUAUUUCUCUGUGGCCAUUUGUGAUACUUCCUCAUAUACUUGAAUAUUAUACUUCCUUAUUCACAGUAUCUGUGUCUCCUGCACCCUUUGGUGUUGCAAUUUUAGGUAUGUGAAAGUAGAUGUUAGCAGGGUUCUUUCCCUAUUUAAAAAAAAUACAUUAAAAAAGAACAAAAAGUUUUAGCAUGAAGUUGCUUCCUGUAACAACUCAGAGCUGUAACCCUGUUUUAGUGCCAGAAACAAGUCUCUCCCGUGAUGGUAGGAAAAUUUAUUUUUCUUUGCUUUCACCAACAUGGAGUUUGUGGGGGUGGGUCCAGUUAUACAUUAAAAGGGUUUACAGAUUGUUGGUUUAAGUAAGAUUUUGGAUUUAUCUCAUUUUGAAUUAUGGAAUAGUUUGGGUUUUAUUCCUGUAAUCAUUCAAGAAACAGACUUCUGAAGAUUUCUUUUUUUUUUCCCUUUGCUAAAGUUGAAACUAACAGAGGGAGUUUGGGACAUGUUGUCCUACUCUUUCAGACAUUGCCUGCUAAUUAAAUUAUCUGAGAGAAAAUAUUUGGCUUCCUUACCCAAAGUAAAGAGCCUUGAUCAAAAAGGACAAGUACAGUUAUUCGAGAACCUAUAGCUACACAACACUUGAGAUACAGAUAUCUAAAUCAGUUUUUUCAGGAUUCUAACAUUGCCCUCUGUGAAGGAACACUUUAUGACUUGGUAUUACUUAUCAACAGAUAAUACUGGUGUGACUUAAUCUACAGCCUGGGAAAUCACCAAUUAAUUCCUCUCACAAAUCAUUCAUCUUAGACUGGUGAAAAGCAAUUAAAUAGUCAAUGGCCUGAAUAAGCAGUCAGUUACCAGUCUGGGUGGAUAUUUUUAGUAUUUUAUCUGUUCUUUUUCUUGCUCGGGGCUGGUAGGUUGGUUCUGAACCGUUAAAAGCAAAUAGUCUGAUAGGUGUCUGAUCCCCGUGAGCCGAAUCAAUUCCUGACUAUAUAGGAGGAAGUGAUGAGCAUGGAUGAGGCAACGAGGAAGUACAGUAGCAUCUAGGAAAGCAGCCAAGGGAUGCAAAGACAGAGAGACACAGGUGCCAUUUUGUGACCCACUGAAUAUUGCAACCAAUGUGACUUCCACAAAAAAAAAAAAAAAAAAAACUGUAGGAGCAAAAACAUAGCACUCAUUCUCAACUAAUAGGUUUUGCAUAAGCAAACAUGUCUGAAAAUGUUAAUAAAUCAAUUCUUUUAUACAACAGUCAAAAAAAUUAGAAACUAUGGAGUAUGACUAUGGAUGGGUCUAUUUUCUGCCUAAUAAUGAUGUGGAUUUGACCUAUCUGAGCAUUUUAUUCAUCAGCUUCCCUUGAAAUGCACUAGAAAAUUGGAGAAGAGUAGUUGUGUGGAGACCUAUGGUAUUUUCCUACAUGUUUGAUAGUGUUAGGUAGUGAUUAAAGUUCUUUAGAAAGAAGGAGUUAACAGCAGGUUAGAACAGUUUUAACCUACAAAAUAAGUAUUUUCUACCAACUUGGUUUACAUUUUUUAUAAAAGGUAAGAAUAAGUAAUUAUGCUUUACAUAUUAAAAUUCUGUUUCUUACAAAUGCAUGCCCAAGAUAAAGAUUAUAUAAAACCCUAAGAUACUAGAUUUGGCAUUAAAGCAAAUGUUUAUUUCAAAUCUCAGCAAAAUUAUAAUGAAUAAAUGCCCUUCCUUUGUAUGGAAAUAUGAUUCUUUAUAAUGUUAACAAAAAGAAACUGAUAAUUUGUACCAAUAGAAGAGAGAAACACACAGGCUAAAUGUCUUCUUAUGGGGACAGGGGUUGGAACCUAUCUUGCCUUCACUCUCAAGAUUAACGACGCAAAUUAAGCUUUUUGAACACCACUCUUGUGGGGGUACCCAUACGCUGAUCUAGAAAUUAAAGCUUCAUAGUUCCAAUUCUAGAUCUAUUACUGCCAGUUUCUCUCCGGCUUUAGCCUUUGAGAACCUGUUUAAGGAUACAUAAGUAAUCCAGAGCUGUGAAGAGUUAAAAGGCCAGCUUCUUCAAUGAACUCGCUCUCUCCGGGUCACCUGCAGCCGAUAAUUGGGUACUUUAUAAUGAUGCAGGAAAGAUCCGAGUUGAUGAUGAGUUUCAAAGGCCCUGUUCAUUUAGGAACCAACUCUCUCUGGAUUCUCCUGCUGAGUUCCAGCAGGAUGAUAGGCUGAAAUCCCAGCCCCAAGCAAGACACCUGUGUAACACCAACUCGGUAUGGCUGAAGAAGGCUGAAGAGAGAACUUCAUUAAAUGGAAGAAUCUGCUGAUGAUAGCCGACCUUCUCCACACAUUCAUACAGUAAUACAGCAGGAAAGAGGAUCAUCAGCCAAAAUAUAACAUCCAUGUCAAUAUUGUUAAAGAAAUCAUCUCGAAGCGGUUGAUUCUGACCUUGCUACAAUUACACUUUUUGUCCGAUUUUUCAUGCCACAAAAAUGAGGAAAAUAAACUAUUCAUGGUCUAAGUAGCCAAGAAAAAAAAAUAGAAUCGUGGCUUGGAAAGGCAAAGUCUAGGCAUUCCUUCCAAAACUGAUGUGUUAAAAUCAGCACUGAUGUUUGUUUUUUUACACCUAGGAUUUUUAGCCUGGGUGUGUAGGUUGAGGCCAAGUCCCUCUGCAGGAAAGAGCUUAUUUUUAAACUCACAAAAUGUCAAUCAUGAAAAUCUACUUCAACUUUAGCAAAAAGAAAAAAAAAAUCAACAAAAAGUAUACUCUGUAUGCUGGGAUUCCAAGGUUCCAACAUGCCGCUACAAAUCUCUGGGGGGUUUCUUUCUUCUGAUAAUUCUAGAGCCUGUUACCAUAGAAAGGCAUUUCUUCAAUGGCUGGUUGUAGUUAGUUCAUGUUUUUCAAUCAAAAUUUGCAAAUGUAUUUGUUGCUGUAUAGUGAUUGUUUUGCAAAAUAAAAUUGCUUGUCACCUAA